UAAUACAACCAAUUCUAUAAAUAAGGGUGCACAAAAGUUGCUCAAAGAUAUGUCCCAUAGCUUGUAAUUUGUCGACUUAAGAGCUACGGAACAUAUUUUUGAGAGACUUUUGUGCACCCAUAUUUUUACACUUGACUUUAAUACUAUAAUAUACAUGGUUCGCCAAACUCUGGAGCAAUUUGUUGGUGAUAUUUAAUAAAAAGAAAUUAUGUAUUUUAAAAACUGUUGAUAAGGUCAUGGUUUUCCUUAAAAUGUCCGAGACUACAAAGUCUUCUUCUUCUUCCUCGCGUUGUCCCGGGAUUUAGCCACGGCUCAUGGGAGCCUGGGGUCCGCGUCACAACUAAUCCCAAGAUUUGGCGUAGGCACUAGUUUUUACGAAAGCUACUUCCAUCUGACCUUCCAAUCCAGAGGGUAAACUAGGCCUUGUUAGGAUUAGUCCGAUUUCCUCACGAUGUUUUGUUACACCGAAAAGAGACUGAUAAAUAUCAAGUGAUAUUUCAUACAUAAGUUCCAAAAAGCUCAUUGGUACGAGCAGGGGUUUGAACCCGCGACCUCCGGAUUGUAAGUCGAACGCUCUUACCGCUAGGCCACCAGCGCAUUACAAAAUAAUGAAGGUAAAUUAGUUUGUUUAUAUUAUUUGCAAUUUCUAUUGAAUAUCACUUUAUUUAUAACCUCUAAACGACCCUCUGUAAGGCUUUUUACUAGAGUCUUUGUGGAAAGAGAAGAGUCGUGGAAUGUAUACAAGAGAAAGUAUAUUUUAUUCUUUUCAUUUCCAAGGCUCUGAAAGUGAGUCAUUGUUUAACUAUGAAGCGGGGUUAAAGUAAUAUAAUUAUGCUCUAGGCCUGAAAAGUGGCAUUCUCCUCUGUGUCCCCGUCCCAUGAGCAACUAGGUGGAAAUCAAAUUGAAAAAUGUUGUCCUAUUUUCCCGCCUGGAACAAUUUGGAAUCUAUGUACCUAUUCUUUGAUUAUACUACUCUUUUCCCUCAGCCCACGUUCCUUUAUAAGUUCCAUAACUAUAUAUCACCUCCGUAGUUGCGGUUGUUAAAGUUACUAUGGCAACGCGUAAUGUUUAGCCUGACAACUUAGUGUAACUUGUGUAGAUUUGUUGUGUAGGAGAAAGCUUUUUUGUAAAUAUAUAUUUAAAUUGUUAAUAUUGUUUGUGGCAUUACUAAUUCAAAAUGCCACCUAAAGGAGGAAAACCCAAAAAGGCACCAGUCAUCAUUAUCGAUGGCGUGGACACGUCCGAGAUGACUCGAGAAAAACUCGAACAAUUUAUUCUUAGAGUAAAGGACGAAUUAGAUAAAGAGAGAGAAGAAAGAAACCUCUUCCAAUUGGAGAGAGAUAAAAUUCGCACAUUCUGGGAAAUAACAAGACAGCAACUAGAUGAGGCUAGAGCUGAAUUGAGAAAUAGGGAAAGAGUGACAGAAGAAACGCAAGAAGAGAACGAGGCACUCCUAGAAACAGAAAAACAAAAAAUUAAGCAUUUAAAAUAUGAACAGCAAGCCGCAGCCGCUGCUUUAAGAGCUGAAAAUUUAGUCGCACUUAAAGCCGCCAAAGAAGAGCAUGGUGAGCAAGAACUGGAACUUCUAAAUGAUAAAAGAGCCCUACGAAAAGAGAUAAAAGAAAAACAAUUAGCCGCUCAAGAUGAGUUGAGAAGAGCUAAAUUGAUGCAUGCUGAAGAGCUUUCCAAAACAAGGGCACAUUUUGAAGAAAAAGCACGACAAAUUGAGGACAAAGCGGAUAAGAAACUUCAAGAAACCAAAAUGGAGUUAACGAUCAAACAUAGAACAGAGAUAGCAGAAGUAGAAGAAAGAAAAAAUAAGCAAAUGUCAGAAUUGAUUGCUCAUCACGAGAGAGCAUUUUCCGAUCUGAAAAACUACUAUAACGACAUCACAUUGAAUAACUUAGGUUUAAUAAGCAGUUUAAAACAGCAAAUGGAGGACAUGCAGAAGGUGAAAGAGCGGGCAGAAAAGAUCGCACGCGACGCUGUGGCCGAAGCCAAGGGUCUGAGAGAGCCUCUGGAAGCUGCCAUCGUUGACAAUAAAGAGCUCAAGCGGCAGAUGUCCAAUUACGAUAGGGACAAGGCGGCUCUUGCUGCUAAGACAAAACAGCUAGCAAUUCUGGAGAAGCAGUACGAAGUCCUGAAAUGGGAGUACGAGGUGAUCCAAGUGCGGUUCGACCGCGUGCUCGCGGAGCGCGACGAGCUUAAGGCGAGGUUCUCCAGAGCUGUCUUGGAAGUUCAGCAGAAGGCUUCCAUGAAAACUGCCUUGUUAGAAGCCAAGCUGAAGGACAUGUAUGGACGGGAUAAGGCACCGCAAGAAUUACAUGAGCUUUUGAAAUUUAAAGACACACAAGUAGAGGACCUUCGCUACGAAGCAGCGCGUUUACGGAAAGCUCACGAUGACCUUUUGGCAGCCUAUGAAGCUAAAUUGGCCAAACUGGGCGUACCGGCCGAAGAGCUCGGUUUCAAACCGCUCAAAGCUGUAGCUGUGGCAGGAUUAUCCCCUGUAAUAGGACAAGGACCUGCCGGGCUGGUCACCAAAGAUCAGAUAUAAUCAGAAGACACAUCUCAUCGAGGAUCAUAGAAGCUCAACUGGACAAGCACAAAAUACAAUAAUCGUUUAUUAAAAAAAUGACUGCAGCGACCCUUGUUUAAUAAAAUUACAUUACAUACUUAUAUACUAUUAUAUAAUAAAACUAUGAGGGAUGGUCAUAAA